UGCCUUUAUGGUGCAUCUCUGGAAGCUCCGCCUAUUCGAGUCGGACGCCAGUCCCGGAGCCUUCGUCUCCAAGGCAACAGAAGGCGUCCUCGGAAUUCCCUGCGCAGGCGCACAAGGGUGCUAACGGACCACUCCCGACCGGCGCCUCUCUGCGCUCGGGGUUCGCGCACCCAGUUCGCCAUCAGGCGAGAAGCCCUCUUCCCAGUAUGUGGCUUUCUUUGACAGAGGACGAUCACCACGCAAACACGUAACACCCUGAGCCGAUCCGCUCAGACCCGGCCGCCCUCACGCCGCCCCACACCUUAGCCUGAGCCGCCCCAACGGGAAACGCGCAGAGCCUCCUGGGAGCUACCCGUCCCGCCCCACGCCCGGCGUCGCGUGCGUCCCGCGCAGGGGCUCAUGGGAGCACCCGCCCCGCCCCCUGGCCUGGCGUCGCGAACUACAGCUCCCGGUCUCAGCAGCCUGCCCGCCAUGGACCCCGACCCCCAGGCGGGCGUGCAGGUGGGCAUGCGUGUGGUACGCGGUACGGACUGGAAGUGGGGCCAGCAGGAUGGAGGCGAGGGCGGCGUGGGCACCGUGGUGGAGCUGGGCCGGCAUGGCAGCCCCUCAACGCCUGACCGCACCGUCGUGGUGCAGUGGGACCAGGGCACCCGCACCAACUAUCGAGCCGGCUACCAGGGCGCCCACGACCUGCUGCUCUAUGACAACGCCCAGAUCGGUGUCCGACACCCCAACAUCAUCUGUGACUGCUGCAAGAAGCAUGGGCUACGGGGCAUGCGCUGGAAGUGCCGGGUCUGCUUUGACUACGACCUCUGCACACAGUGCUAUAUGCACAACAAGCAUGACCUCACCCACGCCUUCGAGCGCUAUGAGACAGCCCACUCUCGACCUGUUGUGCUGAGUCCCCGCCAGGGCCUUCCGCGCACACCGCUCAGGGGCAUCUUCCAGGGAGCGAAGGUGGUACGAGGCCCCGACUGGGAGUGGGGCUCCCAGGAUGGAGGAGAAGGGAAGCUGGGCCGUGUGGUGGACAUCCGCGGCUGGGAUGUGGAGACCGGCCGAAGUGUAGCCAGUGUGACCUGGGCAGACGGAACCACCAAUGUAUACCGUGUGGGCCACAAGGGCAAGGUGGACCUCAAGUGUGUGGGCGAGGCAGCAGGCGGCUUCUACUACAAGGAGCACCUCCCGCGGCUCGGUAAGCCAGCCGAGCUGCAACGUAGGGUGAGUGCUGAUGGCCAGCUGUUGCAACGUGGGGACAAAGUCAAGUGUCUGUUGGACACAGAUAUUCUGAGGGACAUGCAGGAAGGCCACGGCGGCUGGAAUCCUAGGAUGGCCGAGCACAACUCCUUCUGGGUGGGCGAUGUGGUCCGGGUCAUCGAUGACCUUGACACCGUGAAGCGGCUACAGGCUGGGCACGGCGAGUGGACAGAUGACAUGGCUCCCGCCUUGGGCCGUGUUGGCAAGGUGGUGAAGGUGUUUGGUGACGGCAACCUACGUGUGGCAGUUGGUGGUCAGUGGUGGACCUUCAGCCCCUCCUGCCUGGUGGCCUACCGGCCCGAGGAGGACACCAACCUGGAUGUGGCCGAGCGUGCCCGGGAGAACAAAAGCUCACUGAGUGUGGCCCUGGACAAGCUGCGGGCCCAGAAGAGUGACCCUGAGCGCCCUGGGAGGCUGGUGGUGGAGGCAGCACUGGGCAACGUGGCACGAGCAGUGGACCUGCUGCGGAGGCACCCAGAGCAGGUGGACAGUAGGAACCAGGGCAGGACUGCCCUGCAGGUCGCCACCUACUUGGGACAGGUGGAGCUGGUGCGUCGGCUGCUGCAGGCCCGAGCAGGCGUGGACCUACCAGAUGAGGGGGGCAACACUGCGCUGCAUUACGCGGCCCUGGGGAACCAACCCGAGGCUGCGCGGGUGCUCCUGAGCGCGGGCUGUGGGGCUGACGCAUUCAACUGCACCCAGAGCACAGCCCUGCACGUGGCAGUGCAGAGGGGCUUCCUGGAGGUGGUGCAGGUCCUGUGUGAGCGUGGCUGUGACGUCAACCUGCCUGACGCCCAUGCAGACACGCCCCUGCACUCGGCCAUCUCGGCGGGCGCUGGUGCUAGUGGUAUCGUAGAGGUCCUCACAGAGAUGCCAGGCAUUAACCUCACUGCCACCAAUGGCCAGGGCUUCACGCUGCUGCACCACGCAUCCCUCAAGGGCCAUGCACGAGCUGUCAGGAAGAUCCUGCUGCGGGCUCGGCAGCUGGUGGAUGCCAAGAAAGAGGACGGCUUCACGGCCCUUCAUCUGGCUGCUCUUAACAACCACCGAGAGGUGGCCCAGAUCCUGAUCCAGGAGGGCCGCUGUGACGUGAACACACGGAACCGCAAGCUGCAGUCCCCCCUGCACCUGGCAGUGCAGCAAGGCCACGUGGGGCUGGUGCCACUGCUGGUGGACGCGGGCUGCAGCGUCAACACGGAGGACGAGGAGGGGGACACAGCCCUGCAUGUGGCACUGCAGCGGCAUCAACUGCUGCCCUUGGUGGCUGACAGGGCUGGGGGGGAUCCAGGGCCCGUGCAGCUGCUGUCCAGGCUGCAGGCCUUGGGGCUCCCAGGCAGCACAGAGCUGACAGUGGGCGCUGCAGUCGCUUGCUUUCUGGCGUUGGAGGGCGCCGACCUCAGCUACGCCAACCACCGCGGCCGAACCCCCCUAGACCUGGCCACCGAGGCGCGCGUGCUCAAGGCGCUGCAAGGCUGUGCUCAGCGCUUCCGAGAGAGGCAGGUGGGCGUCGGGGGCGGCCUGGCUGCGGGCCCCAGGCUCACACGGAGCACCCCAAAUACCGUGACCAAUCUGCACGUGGCCGCCUCGGCGCCAGAGGCUGCAGAGUGCCUGGUGUGCUCUGAGCUGGCACCGCUGGUUUUAUUCUCGCCGUGCCAGCACCGCACCGUGUGCGAGGAGUGCGCACGCAGAAUGAAGAAGUGCAUCCGUUGUCAGACGGCUCCGAGGUGGCGGGCGCCGCCCCUGCUCCUGGCCCGCCAAGGCAGCUGGUGGAGGAGCUGCAGAGCCGCUACCGGCAGAUGGAGGAGCGCAUCACCUGCCCGAUCUGCAUCGACAGCCACAUCCGCCUCGUGUUCCAGUGCGGCCACGGCGCGUGCGCGCCCUGCGGCGCCGCGCUUAGCGCCUGCCCCAUCUGCCGCCAGCCCAUCCGCGACCGCAUCCAGAUAUUCGUGUGAGCGCCGCGCGCGCUGCCUGUUUUAUAAAGAGAUUCUUGGACCUUGCUGCCUGUUGCUUGCCGCCUCGGGCCCCGCUGGCCCGCCCGGGGCCGUGCUGACCUAGCGGGGCUCGGCCCAGCCGGGCGCGCCGGAGGGGCUGCUCAGUUUAUGGCAGCAAGCCCGAAACCGCGGGAGGGAGCGGGCGCUUUCCAAG